AUUUGAGUAUUAUUUUGUCGUGUUACAGCGCCCACUAUUGCCUCCUCUGCGGUGGUGUCGGGUCGGCGCGGCUCGUGCUCGGUCAGGCUGGAGCGCCUGCUGGUGGACGCGGCGCGGCGCACCUGCCGGGUCGGGCGCCGCACAUACAAGCUGCACGCCACCGAGCCCGCACCCACACCCCAUGUCACCACCACCAUCUAUCAAUGUCACCAUUGCGGCAAACUGUUCAGGAGCAAGUCGGUUCUGAAGAAGCACGUACACACUCACUCGCCUUUACAUAAUCCAACCGUAGGGGAUUAUGGUUUAGAACGACAUCAAAUGCUACAUGGUGACAAAAAACUGACGAAAAAGGCUCACAUGAUUAUACACUCAGGCGAAAAGCCUUUCAGGUGUAAAUACUGUGGCUACGAGAGUAGUAGAAAGUCAAAUUUACGGACUCACCUGAUGACUCACACAGACGAGAAGCGUUUCAGGUGUACACACUGUGACCACAAGUCUAGAACAAAAGCACACUUACGGUAUCACCUGAUGACUCAUACAGACGAGAAGCCUUUCAGUUGUAGUCACUGUAGCUACAAGGGUAAAAGAAAAGCACAAUUACAGAGAUACCUGAUGACUCACACAGAAGAGACGCCUUUCAGUUGUAGUCACUGUAGCUACAAGUGUAAAAGAAAAACACAGUUACGGAAACACCUGAUGACUCACGCAGACGAGAAACAUAUCAAUUGUAGUCACUGUAGCUACACGUGUAGAAGUAAAGCAGAUUUACAGAGUCACCUGAUGACUCACACAGACGAGAAAUCUUUCGGGUGUACUCACUGUGCCUACAAGUGUAGAAGAAAAGCAGAUUUACAGCGUCACCUGAUGACUCACACCGACGAGAAGCCUUUCAGGUGUACACACUGUGGCUACAAGUGUAGAAGAAAGGGAAAUUUACAGAGACACCUGAUGACUCACACAGAUGAGAAGCCUUUCAGUUGUAGUCACUGUAGCUACAAGUGUAGAAGAAAAGCACAAUUACAGGUUCACCUGAUGACUCACACAGAAGAGACGCCUUUCAGUUGUAGUCACUGUAGCUACAAGUGUAAAAGAAAAGCACAGUUACCGACUCACCUGAUGACUCACACAGACGAAAAACAUAUCAGUUGUAGUCACUGUAGCUACACGUGUAGAAGUAUAUCAGAUUUACAGAGUCACCUGAUGACUCACACAGACGAGAAAUCUUUCGGGUGUACUCACUGUGCCUACAAGUGUAGAAGAAAAGCAGAUUUACAGAGUCACCUGAUGACUCACACCGACGAGAAGCCUUUCAGUUGUAGUCACUGUAGCUACAAGUGUAAAAGAAAAGCAGAUUUACAGCGUCACCUGAUGACUCACACAGACGAGAAGCCUUUCAGUUGUAAACACUGUGACCACAAGUCUAGAACAAAAGCACACUUACAGGUUCACCUGAUGACUCACACAGACGAAAAGCCUUUCCGUUGUAGCCACUGUGACCACAAGUUUAGAUUAGCAGAUUUACAGGCUCAUGCGAUGACACACGGACGAGAAGCUUUUCAGGUGCACACAGUGACCACAAGUUAAGAACAAAAGCUCAGUUACGGAAACACCUGAUGACUCACACAGACGAGAAGCCUUUCAGGUGUAGCCACUGUAGCUACAACUU